AUGUGCAAAACGGAAAAAUGUAAAAAACAUCAUUUGGAUGUAGAGUACACAGCAAACAAUCAGACAGAAGUAAUAGCUCCAACAAAUAACAGUAUAGUUAUGGCCCACAAUUAUAGUAACGCAUGUUUUAGUAAAAGGAAAAAAAAUGAAUAUUUAUUACCUGUACAGAGUAUAAUAAAAAAGGAAAAUAUUUUUAAAAAUUGUGAUAUAGUAUGUAAUAUAUUACCCUUUUUAACGUUUUCUGAGAGAUGGAAUAAUAAAUUAUUAAAUAAAUCAUUUUAUAAAUCUUUUAAUACUAAAUAUGCUUGGACAAGUUUAGACUUUCGAUUUCUUGAUGUAGAUUUGUUUAAUUUUUCCUUUUUUAAAAAAUAUAACAAGCUUUUUUAUAAUACUGUCUCUUUGUCCCUAUCAGUUAAUGGAAAUAAAAGAGUAGAAGUUACCAUUAAUAUGAUAAUAAAACAUUUUAAGAAUCUUAAAGAUCUCCGCUUAUAUUUUCGAAAAAAAAAUACGAAUUAUAUAUAUGAGGGGGUCCACCCGAUCGUUUCGAACAUACUAAACCUUCAAAUAUUGCAAGAUGGCAAAAGUGAGAGAGGUGAGCAAGUAAAAUGCGGUCGAGAAAAGGAUGUCCGAGAAAGGGAUGACCGAGAAAGGGAUGACCAAGAAAGGGAUGACCGAGAAAGGGAUGACCAAGAAAGGGAUGACCGAGAAAGGGAUGACCGAGAAAGGGAUGACCGAGAAAAGUGUAAGCACGAAUCGUGCAAAAGCAACAAUAGGGUCCCUGAUAAGUGCAGUGAUAGGGUACAUAUACGAACGGAUGGCGAUGAAUGUGAACAGAAGGAAUAUGAUGAAGACACAAAAGCCCGAAAUUAUAAUAAUAGUGCAAAAGGAAAAAGAGAUAAAAAAGAAAAGGUUUUUUGUUCUUAUAAGGAAUACCAUACGAAUGAAAAUAAAGACUUGUAUAACUCAUUACCGAAUGAUUUUACAAAUUGUGAUAUUCAUCUUAAUGAUCUCUUUUUAGAAAAGUAUUACUAUUAUUAUUAUUGUAAAUAUAAAGAAGAUAAAGACUAUAUGGAAAACAGCCUAUUAACAGAAGAAUCAUUACAAAAGUAUUUAUACAAUAUAGAACAUAUAAAAAUUUUUAAAAAUAGAAAUUUGAUUCUUUCAAAUACCUUUAACAAUUUAGAGAGACUAGUAUUAGAUGUUGAAUUGAAAGGAGAUGAACUCCUCUGUUUUGUAGGAAAGUUAAACAAUUUAAAAGAUAUUAUUAUCAGCAAACUGUUGUACUCGAACAAAUUAAAUAAAUCCCAAAGCAUUACUAUAUUUACCUGUUUCAUUGAAAAAAUGAAGCAGAAUAAUAUACGCCUUAUACAAUUAGGCUUAUAUUUUAGAAAUGAAUAUAAACCUAUCGAUUAUUUAAAUAAUAAAAAAUUUAGAAAAAUACUUAAUGAAAGAAAAGAAUACCUUUAUAAUAUUAAUAAGGAGGAAGGGGAUGAGUUAAUAUACAUUCUGCAAAAGAAUCAUUUGAACUCCUUAUACUGUCUAUGGAGUAACGACCUUUUCAUUUCCUUUGAGAUGUAUGAACAAAUCAAAAAGUUCAACAAUUUAAAGGUGUGGAUCCUGCCAGGAUGGCGAGCCUUGUCCCUCGCAAAGCAGUAA